GAUUGGAGGCCACAUUGUCAAUCAUUCAGUUGGCAGCCGGGCCGGUUUUACUGGUUCAGCUCCUCUCUCCGUGGGAUUGGAUGGUUCCGCAGUAAUUGGAGGAUUGAAAACCCAGCACUAGCAGCUUUGGGGGGGGGGGAUCACAGUCAGUGAGUGCAUUGCUCUGUGGACUCGGUGAUGGGAGAAGCUUUUGUUAAGAUAAAGGCUUUCUGUUAUUCUCUGGUAAUUCCGCUGCCUUUUGAAUUACUUUCUUUCCUACCCGUGGGAUUCAUAGUUAUGAGGCACAGCCAACAGAUUCUGGUCCUAAAGUGAUUGACCAGGUGGAGUCCAAAGUGCUAUUUUUGGGCGAAAGCAAGAGCUGGAUUUCUGGUUUACAGAAAGGUGAUUAUGCAUUGGAGUAAUGCAACUUUCCAGAAUGGAUCCAGCUGGAAGACCAAUGACUCCUGCCUUCUGCCUACAACGUCUGCUCUUCUUCACAUUUGUCUUGCUGACAGUGUUUCUAGUGUAUUUCAACUUUCCCAAUGCGAAGUUAUUCCUUCAAAGAAUUCCAACCGAUAUGUCAGACAAGCUUUUCUCUUGAGGAAACCAUGCUGACUACAGCCUAUUUUAUCGUGUGCCUCCAAGAACCCUGAGACCUCAUUGAAUCCCAACAUCUUCCCAAAUACUGAGUUGAAUAUGUACAGAGUUUCCGGAUCAGACCCCCAGUGGAACGGAUGGCCAUCUCCAAAGUUUUAUUCCACAGUACAGCAAGGAGUGGAAAUGCAGAGGACUGAUUGGGUGCACAGGCUGUUGCAGUUUGGUUAUCAGAAUCAUACCUUCACCCCCGAAGAACGACUGGAGGGUUCAGUCCUGUUGAAACUAAUUGAAUGGCCAAAGCCUCCCACCCCUGCUGUGCCCUUUAAGAAAAGCAGUGACCCAUCGCGUGCUCGCUUUGUUAUUUUAAAUUCUGGAAAGACUUUCUACGUUGGUGAUAUGCUGCAAGUGAUGCUUCGCAUGUACGAUUAUGAAGGAAAUCCAAAGCAGUAUGGGGGUGAUUACAUCCUUGCUCGGAUCCACACCCCAGAGUUAAAGGCCGGUUCAGUGGGGAAAGUUAUAGACAACCAAAAUGGAUUUUAUUAUAUAAAUUUUAACUUAUCCUGGCCAGGAAAAGUCCAAGUGUCUGUUUCCUUGGUUCAUCCCAGUGAAGUGAUCCAAGUACUUACGAGACUACGUGAGGAACGGCCGGAUAGAGUAACUUUUAAAAGUGCCUUCAGAUUUGGGACUACCUCAGAGACCACGAUGUGCAAUCUUCAUUUGCUUGAAACAAAGCCACUCUGUAAUUUCACUGAUCUCAGGACUGGGGAACCUUGGUUCUGUUACAAACCAGCAAAGCUUCCCUGCUCUUCUCGCAUCAACCAUUCAAAAGGAAUGUAUGUGAAAGGCCUUUUGAAGGAAGAUGAGGCAAUUUAUUUCAACAGGGAUUCCAACAUCAUCAAGAAGGCCUUAUUACCCAAUAUCCCAGGUUACAUAACAGUCAAGCCGUCCCCGCAUGCAGGGAAAGUGGGAGUUGGAGUUUCCCAAGAAUGUACCCGGGGAAGGCCAAUGUUAUCACCUUCUGGCUAUUAUUAUAAUGACCACUGGAUGUCAACAACCUGCAAUAUCCGUCGCUUUGACACUCCUGCAAAAGUUACAAACUGUCUUCAUGGGAAAAAAGUUUAUUUAUUUGGAGAUUCCACAAUACGUCAGUGGUUUGAAUAUUUAACUUCAUUUGUGCCAGGUCUGAAGAAGCUAGAUCUUGGCAACCUUGAGAAGAUUGGCCCUCACCUUGCAGUCGACACACAAAACAACAUCAUUGUGAGCUAUCGUCCCCAUGGCCCGCCAAUCCGGUUCAACACUGUAUCAAGCCAGGAUCUGCGCUACAUUUCCAACGAGCUGGAUGGAAUUAAAGGAGGGAAAGACACAGUCAUAGGCAUCACCUUAUGGUCCCAUUUCAGCACCUUCCCAGUAGAAGUGUACAUCCGAAGGCUACAGAAUAUCCGGAGAUCCAUUCUACAGCUCUUGGGCAGGAAUCCGGAUACUGUGAUUGUAAUGAAGACUGCUAAUGUCCAGCAUCUCCCGGGUGAAGCCAGUCUAUACAACAGUGACUGGUUCUCUCAUCAGUUCGAUGUGGUGAUGAGAAAAAUGUUCACAGGCAUCAAUAUCGCAUUUGUGGAUGCAUGGGAAAUGACCGUAGCCCACUACCUGCCACAUGAUCUGCACCCCAAACCAAUCAUUGUAAAGAAUCAAAUUGAUGUGCUUCUUUCCUAUGUCUGUCCUAGAAACAAAUAAGUACUUGGAUCAAAGUGAAGCAAAUCAUGUGAUCUUACCACCAGUCUCAUCUUCCCUUCUUGCUCCUCUUUUAUUCCUGCAAGGACCACUCUCUCGCGCUCUCACACUCCCGCUCUCCCUCCUGCUCCCCUGGCUCUAUCUCUCCUGGAUCGAUCUCUCUCUCUCGCACUCCCGCGCUCUCACUCUCGCUCCCUGGCUCUCUCUCUCUCUCUGUGUGACCCCCUACCCCCCACCUGGUCUGCUCAUUCCUUACCAAUGGCACUUCACCCUGCAGACACAGAAAGUCAUCACCUCCGUCACUACAUCCAGGCUCCUUCGCAGCAGGGAUGUGGCCAAGUCUCUUCCAGAUUCGUCUAGCACUGGCAAUCUGUCCGUAAGCAGCCUUCCUGAGUUUCUGCUUGCAACCCCUGCAGUUCUCCUCCUCAUGCUGCAGGGAGGCCAAACACAACUUAGGACAACAUCUCCUAUUCCAUUUGGGUAGCUUAUAUCCCAAUGGGAUGGACAAUCCAGUUUUGGAUAAACAGCACCUCCCAUGUUCUUCUCCCACACACACUCAUCUGUCCACCUAGGUUUCUUCACCCCUCACACAUGUCCUCUUCCCCCCAUCUGGUUCCACCAAUCACCCAUCGAUCUGUCCCUAGAAUUGGCAAUCUUUCCUUUUCUCAUUUAGUCCCCAUAUGCCGGGGUUUGACAUGAACUAUCCCCUUGCACCUGUUCCUUCCACAGGUGCUACUUGACUUGCUGAGUUCUUCCCAUAUUCUGUAUUUUUGCCCAAGAUUCCAACAUCUGCAUUCCUUUUUGUUUUCUCUCUAGAUUAUUUAAUUUUUGAAUUUCUGAUAAAUUAAUGGGAUAAUAAUUAGAAUACGAUUCAAGGAAAACAGUAAGAUAAAGAACACAAUAAUAAAACAACGCAAUAAGCGCACAAGAUAACUUGUAUGCAUUGAUUUUCUGUCCAUAAAGUGACGUUAAGCACAAGAGUGACUGUACAUAAGGUGACUCUGACCAGAAAUGAUAAAGUAGUGAUGGUGGGUUAAUGGGUGUGGAGGUGUUGAUCAGCUUUAGUGUUUUGGGAAAGUAACGGUUUUUAAGUCUGGUGGUCUGGUGAGAAGUAUGUAACUUUCCUGAUCGGACUGGAACAAACAGUCCAUGAGUACAGUGGGUGGGAUCCUUCAUGAUGUUGGUGGGCCUUUCCCAGCACCUUUCUAUAUAGAUGUCCUUGAUGGCGGGUAGGCUGGUGCCAGAGAUGUGUUAGGCUGUUUUGUGGAGUCUUCCUGUCUGCUCCAGUGCAGUUUCCAUACCGUGCAGUGACGCAGCUUGUCAGGGUGCUCUCUACUCCACAUCUGUAGAAGGGCAUGAGUACAGCUGUUUAUAUCCAGCUCUCUUCCUCUUCCUCAGAAAGUAGAGGCAUUGGUGAGCUUUCCUGAUUGUGUAGGAGAUAUUCUGGGACCAUGAGAGAUUGUGUUUACAACUGCUCACAUUUUCCCCCGCUGUGCCUCCAAUGUAAAGAGGGGUGUGAAUGGUGUGAGUUCUCCUGAAGUCGAUAGCCAUCUUCUUGGUGACACUGAGGAAGAGGUAAUAUGCCUGGCACCAGGCUUGGAGCUCUUCCACCUCAUCUCUGUUGGUCACCUUAUCGUUGUUGUUGAGUCCCACCGCUGUGGUGUCACUGGCGAACUUGACAUUGUGAUUACUCAGGUGUUUGGCCAUGCAGUUACGUGUGAACAGUGAGGACUGCAGUGUGCUCAGCACACAGUGCAGGGGAGCACCCAUGUGGAUGUUGGUGAAGGAGGAGCAGUUGUCCAUCCAGCCUGUUGUACAGUGGUGCAUUCAGACUGAGCAGCAGGAGUUUGUUCACCAAGGUUAGUGGGACAAUAGUGUUGAAUGCUGAACUGAAAUCCAGAAACAGCGAUCUGAUGUGAGUGUAUCAGGGCCAGGUGCAUGAUGGAUGCGCUGGCAUCUGUUGUAGUGUUUCUGUUGGUCAGAAUAGGAGUUUUUAUGUGCACUUCCUGAUGAUUGGCAUCAAUGCCAUUGGGUGGUGUUGGUUUAGCUCUGAAGAUGUAGAGUUCUUCGAUACAGGGAUGAUGGUGGCUGAUUUGAAGCAUGUGGGAUAGCAGCCUGAAUGAGUGAAGUGUGGAAGAUGUCUGUGAAGGGUGGGCGGACACCCUGAGUAUUCAACCUACGAUGUUGUCUAGCCUGGCUGCUUUAAGGGGUUGACUCUCUGCAGAAAAAGUGACUUGUCUUUAAAAGAAUAAUUUUGAAAUGUUAAUUUAUUUUCUAAAUGCUAUUUUUAUCUUCUAAAUGAAUAAAUUUUAAAAUGAUUUUA